AUGGUAGCUUCACUAAACUGUACCCAGGCCCUCCUAACCGAAAACGUCCCGUCUAAAGAACAAGCCAUCAUCUUAGACUCUGUCGAUGGUGUACAAAUCCACGAAUAUGCAGUCGCAUUAGGGAGCAAAAUUGGACCAGAAAACAUCCGAUAUCUUUCAAGGAUCGCGAAUAACCGAGUAUGUAUUUAUCUGUCAACAAAGGAGGUGGCUGACAACCUCAUCGAAAACCACAAAACAGUAAAGGUGAGAGACACUGAUAUUUAUAUACGAUCCUUAAUCUCUCGAAACAAAAGAUUAAUCUUGUCUAAUGUCCCACCAAUAAUCCCCAAUGACGUUAUCAUUGAAAAAUUAAAGGAAUCCGAAAUUAAUCCAGUCUCAAACAUUUCAACGCUCCGUGCAGGAUUAAACAUUCCCGGAUACCAACAUAUACUAAGCUUUAGACGACAAGUAUUUAUUAAACCCGAAGAAGCUAACAACAUUCCAACACUUUGGAAAAUAGACUUCGAUGACACAUCCUACUACGUCUAUUCCUCUCUUGACACAAUGCUUUGCUUCAAUUGUAAAGAGGAGGGGCAUUUAGCGAAAGCCUGCCCAAUAAACCCCCAGAGUGACGCAGAUAAGACUAAAAUGACAACGACCUCGCACUCUUCACAGGAAAAUACGGUCACUCAAAAACCUACCUUCCCCUCUCUGCCAUCUAGAACCUCAACUCUUAUUGCACCGAAUAACACUACAAAACCACCCGCGGACAUAAACAAUACAAGCCCUUCCACCAAACGACCAAGGUCAGAUGGGUCCUCGCAAUCGUCGGUGUUGACCCAGGAACAGUUAUUCGCAAAGCCAAAAACCACCGAACAACUAAGACUAGCUAAAAAAGUUAAGCCAGAUUCUCAAAUUCUCUCCUUACCAACUUCGAUCGAAGUAGCAAUGCAAAGUACCCCUGCUGAUUUCCCGUACUCGUAUACACAACUAUCUAAUUUCCUAGAAGAUGCGCCUAAGAUCAAAUGUAUUGAGGAACUCUUGGCAAAACACAAGUUCAGUGCAGCUGACACUGUUGUGAUGCUAAGAAAACUGUAUCUCCACCUCGAGAACCGAAAACAAAAACGUCGCUUCACCCGAAUUAUCAACAGAAUCGAAGGAAAUGUUAUUGACGAUACAUCUUCACAAAGCUCAUAUGGCUCCAGUGGCAACCUGAUGGAUCUAGAGGAGUCAAUAUCUGACUUGGCAUCGACAAACUCGCAAGGAUCAAUUUAA